CCAUAAACACGCCGCUGUCACAGUAAACGUUGAGCUCACUGCGCCCUCUACCGGUUACACGACCGCUAUUCGCCGCGGCGAUCAGCUGUGAAUCUGCGGCUGCUGCUGCUGCUGGUGGUUGAUACGUCCACUGUAACUUCAAAAUGCAGGCUCACGAGAUCCGAGAGCAGAAAACCAACAUGGUUGAGUGAGGAUGAGACUACCUAGCUCUGUCCUUGUGUCGGUCUCUUUGUUUACGGCCGAGACGACGGCUGCUCUGUAUCUGAGCAGCACUUAUCGCUCCGCUGGUGAUCAGAUUUGGCAGUGCUUCACGCUCCUCUUCACGCUUGUGCCAUCCGUGCUGGUGCAGCUCACACUGAUCUUUAUUCACAGAGACCUGAGCAGAGACAGACCUCUAGUGCUACUGCUUCAUAUACUACAACUAGGACCGAUAAUAAGGUGCUUGGAUGCCUUCUGUAUCUAUGGCAGUGCCGGAAAGGUGGAGGAGCCAUAUGUCACCAUCACCCGUAAGAAGCAGAUGCCCCGGGAAGGGCAGACCGAGGAGGUGGAGCAGGAAGUGGGCCAGGCAGAGGGGAAGUUAGUCACCCACAGGGCCGCUUUUGCCAGGACAUCGGUCGUACAGGCCUUCCUGGGCUCUGCACCCCAGCUCACACUGCAACUCUACAUCUGUGUGCUGCAGAAAGGGGUGUCCAUCGGUAGAGGUACACUGAUGGUAAUUUCCCUUCUCUCGAUUGUAUACGGAGCCCUACGCUGCAACAUUCUGGCCAUAAAGAUACGCUAUGAUGAUUACGAAGUCUCCGUGCGUCCGUUGGCAUACCUGUGCGUGUUCCUGUGGCGAGGGUUCGAGAUCGCAACACGCGUGGCAGUUCUGGUCCUCUUCAGCUCUGUGUUGAAGGUGUGGGUGCUUCCGGUGGUGUCGGCCAACUUCGUCCUGUUCUUUCUGCACCCGUGGGUUCUCUUCUGGAGCAGCCGCUCUCCUUUCCCGGAGAACAUUGAGAAGACGUUGACCCGUGUCGGAACCACUAUUGUCCUUUGCAUGUUGACCUUCUUGUACGCCGGCAUCAACGUGUUCUGCUGGUCUGCCGUUCAGCUUAGAUUGGACGACCCUGAUCUGAUCGAUAAGGGUCAGGCGUGGAGGCGCCUCGCUGUGUAUUAUUCCCUCCGUUUUGUCGAGAACACGGGGCUGACUUUGAUGUGGUACAUCCACCAGACUGAGUUCUACCAAUGGGUGGACGCUCCCGUGUUAGAACUGUCGCUGUUGUUGGGUUAUGCCAUAGCUGUUUUCUUUAUGUUGCUCUUUUACCAGUUUUGCCACCCUUGCAGGCAACUCUUCUCAUCCAGUCCAGCCCAAGGCUUUUGGGAAUGCUGUGGAUCCCUCUGCAUGCUUCGUGGGACACUUUCACAGCCGAGCUCCAUGAGGACCAAGCCACCAGGGAAAGACACUGGAGACGAUCCACCCUGCGUUACCAAAGGGGACAUUGGACAGAGUUUGUGCGGCGCUGUGUGAGCAAAGCACAUCUUAAAGAAAUAGUUCAACUAAAAAUGACAAGUCUGUCAUCAUUUACUCACCUUCAUGUCAUGCCAAACCUCCAUUGACUUUUAAUAGCACAAACAAAGGCAGUUGUUUUACAUAACUGUGUAAUAACAUUCCACGGAAGGUAUAAAGUCAUUUGGAACCAUUUGGAACACGAGGGUGAGUAAAUAAUGACAGAAUUUUCUUUUGGAAGUGAACUAUCCCUAUAAAAACAAUGUACGAAGUGCCCUUUAAGGAUCAAAAGGGAGAAAUAAAAUUAAAAUGUUGGAUUUCUGCCUUAGUGGUGGAAUGUAAAAGUCAACGUUUGUUGUACUUUGAGAUGAAUAUACUUUUUCUUGUUUGGUUUACAAGGCAAAUGAGCCAGCAUGUUCCACUGAAGUGCAUGUGAAAAUCCCUACCAAGAUGAAACCGCUGCUUUUGUCAUGUGAUGCGGGAGCACUCUGUCCCUCGUUCGGUGUUGGUUUGAUUAAUGUUAUAGCUGUCUCUGUGUAUGGAUUAUUUAAAGCAGAUUUAUUGAAACGAUUGUAUUUAAGCUGUUGAUUUUUCCAUCACCUUGGGGGUAUUGAAAAAUGUUUGACAACCUCUCAGGUUCAUUAUUAAUACUUUCUUCUAGUUUAUCUUACUACUCUACUCAUACUGUGUGUAAGACUGUGAAAUUAGUCCUGAUUUGUCAAAUGACAGUGUCCUACCAUAUAAUAACACAUGGCCUAAAUUCAAGCAAUUGCCUGAAAUUUAAGGACUAAUGGAUAGAGAGAAUGACAGUUGGGUUGCUAGGACCUUCAUAAUCCUGCAAAGAAUAAUUUAAUCGAUUGUUUUUUCUUUCCUUUGUUUGCACUCCUAUUUUGCACUUGUCUCAUCUGGAGGCCUCUUUUGCACAUUAUUCUGAUUUUUCAUACAAAAAGUUAAAAAAUUUAUUUAUUUUCAUUGAAGGCAGUAGAUGAUUGUAUCUUAACUUUACUGCCCCCUUGUGGGGAGUUUUGCAAGACUUUGUGAUUGGGUCACAUCUGGAAACUCCCUCAAAAUAUGUCCUUCAGCACACUGUAUAGAGCACAUCACUGCUUUUGAUAUGUGCAACUGUCAGCUAAACCCAUAAUAAAAAAUAAAAUAAAUAAAGGAGAAUGUUAUAUUGUACAU